GGUUUGGAUUUUUUUUCCUUACAGAGUCGUGUCGGGUUUAUCAACGUAAACAUUAGAAAAUGAUGAUAGAACUGCAGCAGAUGAUGAGAAUGGGAGAUGGGAGUAGAAGAUUCAUGGAAGAAGAAGAGAGGCUUGAUAUUGUAGACUUGAGUGGCUUGUCAAUGGAUUCUCUUCCAAAACCUUCUCUCAAUUUGACUACCAUUUGCAAAUUAAACCUCUCCAACAACAAUCUUCAGAGCAUACCGGAGUCAUUGACGGCGAGAUUACUGAAUGUGGUAGCGUUUGAUGUGCACUCCAAUCAGCUCAAGUGUCUCCCAACUCCAUUGGCUGUCUCUCUAAGCUCAAGACUCUAAACGUUUCCGGCAACCUUCUCCAAU